AAUAAAUCUUCCUCAACAUCGACGUCGACCACCGCAGGCCCCGACACCCCCCUCCGCGACGAUACACCCAGCUCGACUUCGCUUCCUCGUCGAACUGAAUUCUCGCAACAAUGGCGACCGAGUUGACCGUCCAGUCGGAACGUGCGUUCCAGAAGCAGCCUCACAUCUUCAACAACCCUAAGACUCUUGCGAAGAGCAAGAAGGUUGGCCAGGGCCGCAGAUGGUACAAGGAUGUUGGUCUUGGAUUCCGUACCCCCAAGACCGCCAUUGAGGGCACCUACAUCGACAAGAAGUGCCCCUUCACUGGUAUGGUCUCCAUUCGUGGCCGUAUCUUGACCGGCCGUGUUGUCUCCACCAAGAUGCACCGUACCAUCGUCAUCCGCCGUGAAUACCUCCACUACGUCCCCAAGUACAACCGUUACGAGAAGAGACACAAGAACCUUGCUGCUCACGUCUCUCCCGCUUUCCGUGUUGAGGAGGGUGACUGGGUUACCGUCGGCCAGUGCCGCCCCCUGUCCAAGACUGUCCGCUUCAACGUUCUCCGUGUCCUGCCCCGUACCGGCAAGGCCGUCAAGGCUUUCUCCAAGUUCUAAGCGUGUCGAUGAUGAUGGGGGUGUUUCGAUUCCAGAGGGUCAUCAAUCUAGGGCAGCGGCGUGACUGGAUAUAAGCGAAUUAGUUUAACGGGUUGGGAUUGUUUCACGAUUUCAUGUCCCAGGUACCCUUGUGAAGGAAAUAUCCAAUGAAAAAAGCUUUUUGAUACUCCUAUGUUAGAAUUCCAACUGUAUAGCCAACCGGGAAAGGAGAUUGCCAUUCAUGACAGUUCAGGAAUGGGGCUUUUUCAU